AGUUCAUUGCAGUCUGGUUGACAACACGUCAAAAAAUGGCAGAAUUUGGACCUAGUCAGAGCGAUAUUGAAGAAAUUUUUAAAAGAUUACGUGCGAUUCCAGCGAAUAAGACAUGUUUCGAUUGCAACGCAAAGAAUCCAGCAUGGUCCAGCGUGACUUAUGGAGUUUUUCUAUGUAUCGAUUGUUCUGCUGUCCAUCGAAGUUUAGGAGUUCAUUUAACAUUCGUAAGGUCUACUCAACUUGAUACAAAUUGGACAUGGUUACAAUUAAGAAACAUGCAAUUAGGCGGGAAUGCUAAUGCUAGAAAAUAUUUUGCUCAAUAUAAUUGUACUACAACAGAUGCCCAACAAAAGUAUAAUUCUCGUGUCGCAAUGCAAUAUAAGGACAAAUUAGCAUUGGCGUCUGCACUAGCGAUGCGACGUCAUGGAACAAAAGUUUUUCUUCCUUCAACAAAAAAUAAAACACUGUUGCACUUAGAGGAAAACGUGGAACCAGACACAGAAGAAUCCAAUGAUGUGGACUUCUUCCAAGAGCAUGAAAAUUUUGAUUUAAAUUUAGACGAGUCUAACAUUUCAACAGAAGAAAAAAUUGUAUCUAAUUCUACAAUACAUAAAAAAGUCAUAGAGAAAAGUGACACAAGUGCAUCUUCGGAGAUUGUUCUUAAUUCUUUAGGACCAUCUGUAAAACUUUCAGAGUCUGUUUCAUCUGUACAAUCUGAAAGAAAACCUACUAUUGGCAUUAGAAAAGUUCAGUCUAAACGACCUGGUUUUGGAAAAAAAACUGGUGGUUUAGGAGCACAAAGAGUAAAAACUAAUUUUGAUGAAUUAGAAAAAAGCGUCAUAGAAAUAGGAAACGAAAUGAAUGAAACGGCAGGACAUGAAGGAACAAAGGAGGAACGAGAGGAAAUUGCUACACGAUUUGCUUAUCGUUAUGAGCAAAAUUUAAAUCAGCAAGCUAAAAAAGUAGAAGAACUAACAAAACAGUUAGAUCCAUUAAAGGCUGGACAGGCAGAACGUCUUGGAAUGGGAUUUAACGCACGCAGUGGUGCAAGUCAUUCAGCUUUAGGAGAUAUGAAGACAAUAACUCAGGAAUCAUCAAAAACUAUUACAGCUGUUGAACCUAGAUCAAGAGAUAUGGAUGUUGAUCGUGAUUUAUUUAUGAGCUUGGAUGAAUUUUAUACAGCUUUAUCGAUUCCAUAUUCUAAUAACAAUAGUAACAAAACUAAAAAUGAAGAAGUUGUUGUUAUUGCAGAACCAGAGCCACCUAAACGACAACCACUUUUGAGUCGUCAAAAUAAUAGUAAAAACGAUAAUAAAUCAUCGGGAGAAGGAGAAGCUCAAAAGAAAUUUGGUAGUGCCAAGGCUAUUAGUUCGGAUCAGUACUUCCAAGACAGUAGUUAUGAUGAUUCAUGGGAACGUAAAAGUAACCUUCGCCGCUUUGAAGGUUCAUCCAGUAUAUCGUCAGCAGAUUAUUUUGGCACUGGAAGUUCUUUUCCGACUAGUGGUUCUUUAACGGCUCGCUUUAUUGAAGGACGUGGUGGUGUAGUUGAUUUGGAAGAUGUACGCGAAAGUGUACGUCAAGGUGUAAAUAAAGUUGCAGGAAGACUUAGUUCCCUUGCCAAUGCAGCAGUUUCUUCUAUACAAGAACGUUAUGGACUCUAAAUAUGAAAAUCUUACGAUAUUUUAUCAUGAUUGUUAUUCAAAUUAUGUUAGAAUAUUUCUCGUCCAUUCUUCAGAAUUGUAAAUAAAAACUUAUAAUUGA